CAUACAGGUGGCACAUUUUUAUUGGGCGGGAGCACGGCUGAGGUGGUGCUCCAGGAGCAGUCAAGAAUUCGUCAGAAGGCCGUGAUCAUGCACGUUUGUUUGGUGGAGGUUUUAAGUCAACGUUCAACUACCCGUACUAACCGGGUGCUUGAAAGCUAAUUUACAGCAGCAAAUAGCGGAUGAGACGGACAGAUGACAGUUACAAUUGGUGUAACAAAAAGCUUCCUCAUAGGCCAUAGCUCAUCCAUUAAUUGCGUUUCCUUUUGCUUUUGAUUUGCUUUCUUUUCAUCACUGGGCUACGUACGAUUCCCUAAACGGGGUGAAAGUAUAGGUGUUGUAGCGCGGUUCAAAAUGAACGAUGUUGAUGUAUCGAAGCAGAUUCAACAAAUGGUGAGGUUCAUAAGGCAGGAGGCCGAGGAAAAAGCCAACGAGAUCUCCGUAUCUGCCGAGGAAGAGUUCAACAUCGAGAAGCUACAGUUGCUUGAAACUGAGAAGAAAAAGAUUCGACAAGACUUUGAACGGAAAACCAAGCAGGUCGAAAUUCGCAACAAGAUCGAUUACUCGACGCAGCUGAACGCAUCGAGGAUCAAAGUGCUGCAAGCCCAGGACGACGAGGUGAACUCCGUGAAAGAUGCGGUGGCGAAGAAGCUGGGGCGCGUCUCUUCCGACAAAUCCGCAUACAAGGCGCUGCUGAGAUCGCUGAUAAUCGAGGGGCUGCUGCGGCUGAAGGAGAAGUCAGUGCUGCUGAGGUGCAGAGAGGCUGACCGUGGAGCAGUGGAGUCGGUGCUGGAGGACGCCAAGAAGGAAUACGCCGACAAGCUCAAGGUGGCGCUGCCCCAAAUCACCCUCGACAAGCAGGUCUACCUCCCUCCUGCUCCUUCCGCCAAUUCCCAUCACGGCCUUCAUUGCACGGGAGGAGUAGUGCUGGCAUCACAAGAUGGGAAGAUUGUCUGCGAGAACACCUUAGACGCUCGAUUAGAUAUUGCUUUCAGACAGAAACUUCCUCAGAUUCGCAAGAAGCUUCUCGCAAAUUUAGGCUCAUAAAUCAUGAUGAUCACCGGUCUCGCCCAUUCAUAUGUACCAAUCCUGGCGCGCAUUGGCAACUCGAUCGUGCUCUGCUCUCAUUUUUGUUCUUCAUCUUACCUACCUUCCAAUUUGUUUCAAUUUACUAUACUACAUUACUUGUGCCAUUACUUUGUGACUUGUGGGCCCGAAUAAUUUCUUCCAUCUCUGUUGGCUGGAGAUAUUAUCCUUAUGAUAUAACUGUCCUAACUCUCUACGCUGUGUCGUUUUGGUGUUUAAACGGAACAUGAAACGCGUUCCUUCUUUCUUUCUGGCUGUACUUUUCUUUUCCCCCAAACUUUGUAAUUUUUCCUUUCCAAAUUACCAAACAAACUAGAAAUGGAGCUUGUCCUGUUAUGGUUUGAUCUGCCUACAAGAGGCAGAGGUUGCAAUGAGAAACACAACUUUCUAAAGUUUCUAUUCACUCCCAACUUAUUUGUUAUGGUAUUAGAGCCUAGAAUUAUAGAACCCUAACAGCCGCUUCCAUUUUCUUUGAUGGCUGAAAAUCAAGCCCAAGCACAGUCACAGGCAGAGCAACAAAAUGAUGUUGCUCCAGCUAUUGUUGACCUUCCGUCCAACCCCUUCUUCCUCCAUGGCUUCGACCAGCCUGGAUCUCUUCUCGUGGCUAAAAAGCUCCCAGCUACAAACUACAACGACUGGAGCAUGACAAUGUUCAAUGCUCUCGCAGCCAAAAACAAGAUUGACUUCAUCAAUGGUACCAUUCUAGAACCAGCAGUUACAGAUGCUAGACAUGGCGCUUGGACACGCAACAACGUCAUGGUUCUCAGUUGGAUACAACAAUCCACUUCUCCAUAAAUAAGAAAACUAUACUUUCCAGCAAAACUACUACAGAAGCAUGGAAAAGCCUCCAAACACGUUAUGGAUAUGGAGAUCUCAUCAGAAUAGGCAAUAGCUGAGCUUGAAGAGAAGCUCUUUCUACUCUUCAGCAAGGUAAUCAAACAGUUAUAGAGUAUUAUGACCGUGUCAUUACUCUUAGAGAUAGAACUAGGGAACUAUCAACCCUUGCUUCCUUGUGCUUGUAAACCAACCAACCAUAAUGAUUGUGCAACUAUGAUUUGGGUCCUCCAAUAUCAGGAGACCAACUAUGUUAUUAAGUUACUUCAUGACUUGAAUGAUAAUUUUUAUGGGGUCAGAGCAAAAGUUCUGUUUGGAGAUGAGCUCCCCAAUAUCAAAAGGAUUUUUCAAAGAAUGCUUCAACAUGAAAGACAACUUUAUGGAACUCAAUCUGGCAGAAUGGUUGCCUCCUUGCAAUCAGAUUCUUCAGCGCUAGCCUUUCAAGGUGGUAACAGAAGGGGCACCACUAACAACAAACCCCCAUUCUAUACCUUCUGCAAAAUAGAAGGCCAUACUGAAUAUAUAUAUUUCCAUAAACAUGGUUGUUCUCCUGAUCUAUGCUAUUGCUAUACAAUGUACGUUUGAAGAAGAGAACGAAAAUGAGAGAACAGAAGAAAUAAAGCAAACAAACGCAUAAACGAUCCAUUUUCCAGCCAAUUGAAAAACAAGAGCGAAAGCCAAUCACGGAAUCGCCCCAAGCCGAACUUGAAAUUGAGUGUUAUUAAAGCCGAGCCGAGCCACUCGGCCCGACCAGUAAAACCGCCAUCCGGUCACAAAAUUGGCUCGGAACAGUCUAAAAGUCGCUCCGGUUUUAUGUAGCAGUUGGCGAGCAGUCGAGGCGGUUAGCCGAUCGAGCCGCUCGUACAGUUUUUGCCAUUCAGCCGUUAAAUUUAAUUAAACAAAUUGUAGAAAAUUGAAAAUUGAAAUAAACCAAAAACAUCGGG